AUGAUGAGACUUUUGAAGCCGAUUGCUGGUGAAGUAAUGCAUUGUCUAUGUCAAGUAUUUGAUUAUUAUUUGUACUCUAUAUCAAAUUCAUCUGAAUUUCCAGAACGUUUACGGACAACAAUAAAACGUAUCAAUGAACGUUUAAUAACAACUGAUAAUCAUCAAAGUAUUUUAACGGGGGAUCGAUUUUCCCUUCCAUUGCAUGGACCUAUUGAAUUAUUGCAUACAUUAAAUCCUACUGGCAAUAAUCCGACAAUCGGAGAUGAUAAUAUUAAUAAACGUGAACACCAAUUAAUACAAAUUUACGUCGUCGCAGUUGAGUCAGUUAUUUUCCUGGCAGACAUUUUAGAGACAGUUCUUCUUCCGCAUUUAACAGCAUGUCUUCCGGAUAAUAAACGUGGUCUAGCACUUGUAUUCCGUGAACAAUCUUUAAUGGCAGCAAGACAAAUCCGCGAACCAUGUGCAAACGAGCUGGCACCACAUUUGCUGAAUAUCAUAAUCGCAAAAAUGACUGGUGUGACGAAAAAUUGUAAGCAGUUAACAGCAACGAAUAGUGCAUCGAUUACUUCAAGUUUCAGUAAAAUAUGGCCAAUAGGAUCCAAUACAAAUCAGCAACAACAAACUAUCGACAAAGAAUCGUCUAUUCCAAAUAAUAAUAACAAUACAAGCUCACCAUCUCCAUCAUCAGUACAUAACAACUUAAUUGUAUCAACUUCCGAUUCAAUUGACAUAUUAACUAUGCAUAUAUGUGCAAUGAAUUGGUCAAUUAAAGAAGUGGCUAACACACCAAAUUCAUAUGUUUAUGAUAUAAAUAUUAAUGUAUUUCAUCCUUUAUCAUUAAUUUUACAAAACAUAUCAAAAGAAUUUCAUUUACGAGAUCAUGUAUUUAUGAUUGUUAUUUGGAAAGCAUUAUUAUCUUGUUUGGCAUCACAAUUACUUGAAGCUUUAAGUCGUGUACAACAAUGUUCAGAUGAAGGACGUGGUCAAAUGUUAUUAGACAUACAAACUUUAGCUGUAUACGCUCAAUCCGCUAGUAAAAUACGAUCAUUUCCUAGACUGGAUUAUGUAAUUGAAUAUAUUCAGGCAUUCUACAUACCUAUACACGAAUGGGAACAUUGGUUAACUAACUAUGGGACUAAAUAUUCACGAUCUCAGUUAACUGGACUUGCAUCAUGUCUUUCACGAUCUGAUAAACGUCAAUAUCAACGACUUAUAAACACAAUAAAUCAAAUUUACAAUACAACAAAUCAAACGAAUUCAUUUGGAAAUGGUUUGUUGACCACUACGACGAGUUGA